AUGACUUUGUCUCAAUUCAGUUCGACUGAAACACUCAAAGACCCUAGGGUUACCACACGUUCUGUUGACUCAAGCCCUAACCUUUCACCUCGGGACGAGAAGGACAUAAGUGUACCAUCAACACCAGCAGAGUCGAUCAACCUCGAAAGUCAAACCCCCGCGCCACCACCAUAUCAUGUCUUCCCUCGAUCUCGCAAGUUGCAGAUGGUUUGCAUCGUCUCUCUCGCUGCCAUCUUCUCUCCGUUAUCUUCCAACAUUUACUUCCCUGCCCUUUCGGAUAUUUCAAGGGAGCUCGACGUCUCAAUGUCAUUAGCCACCCUCACCAUUACGAUAUACAUGAUUGUGCAGGGCAUUGCCCCAAGCUUUUGGGGCUCAUUCUCCGAUGUAUUGGGCCGUCGUGUAAUCUUUAUUGGAACAUUCGGUGUAUACAUCAUUGCCAACAUUGCUUUGGCUGUCUCUGACAACUAUGGCGAGCUCAUGGCCUUCCGCGCUUUGCAGGCCGCUGGGAGUGCCGCCACUAUCUCCAUUGGUGCCGGUGUCAUUGGCGAUAUCACCACCUCUGCGGAAAGAGGCAGCUUGAUUGGAAUUUUCGGUGGUGUGCGCAUGUUGGGCCAAGGAGUCGGACCAGUAUUUGGCGGUAUCCUAUCUCAAUAUCUUGGGUUUCGGUCUAUCUUCUGGUUCCUAGUGAUUGUAUCUGGAAUCAGUCUCCUAUCCAUCCUGGUUUUCCUACCGGAAACACUUCGCUCGAUCGCUGGAAACGGCACUGUUCCCCUCAAAGGCAUCCACAAGCCAUUCAUAUACUCAAUUACCGGCCAAAAAGAUGCCGAAGAGAGCUCAGCACCCAUAGGGAAGAAGGCCAAGGUUACUUUCAAGACCGUGUUGGCACCACUCACUUUCCUCGGCGAGAAAGAUGUCUUCAUCACCUUGUUCUUCGGCAGUAUCGUGUACACCGUCUGGUCGAUGGUCACCUCCUCGACUUCCGCCUUGUUUGAAGAAAAAUACGGUUUGAACUCCAUGGAGGUCGGCCUGACCUUCCUUGGAAAUGGCUUCGGUUGCAUGACUGGCUCCUACACAAUCGGUUAUUUGAUGGACUACAACCACAAGCGGACCGAACGCGAAUACUGCCAGCAACAUAACCUUCCUAUUGACACGCGCAUCAACUCCAAGUCCCACCCCGACUUCCCCAUCGAGUACGCCCGUAUGCGCAACACAUGGUGGAUUACUGCUAUCUUCAUCGUUUGUGUCGCUGUUUAUGGAGUUUCUCUCCGUGCCCAUCUUGCAGUCCCCAUCAUCCUGCAGUUCAUCAUCGCCUACGGCUCCACCGCCAUCUUCACCAUCAACAGCGCUCUGGUUAUUGACUUGUACCCUGGUGCUAGUGCCAGUGCAACAGCUGUCAACAACUUGAUGAGAUGUUUAAUUGGCGCUGGAGGUGUUGCAGCUGUGCAGCCCAUCAUUGAUGCAAUCACUGCUCAGUAUGCUUUCCUCAUGCUCGCUGGCAUUACAAUUGCUAUGGUUCCCCUUUUGAUGGUUGAGAUGAAGUGGGGCUAUGGAUGGCGUCUCGAGCGACACGAGCGAUUCCAAAAGAAAGAGAACAAAGUCUGA